UUCCGCGGGUGGUUGUGGAAAAUGGAACGGUCGCGCCUGUACAAGAAUCAGGAUAAAAAUGAGUUGAGGAGACGAAGAGUGGAUCAGUCCGUUGAAUUAAGGCGCGCCAAAAAGGAUGAGCAGUUACAGAAGCGUCGCAACAUUCUGUUGAGUGAGCUGGACGAGACUUCUCCGCUUCGAGAAAAACAGGUAAGGUUGAUAUACAAUGAAGAAACCCGGUUUAAUGCCAUUACACUUUGCCGGAAGGCCCUGUCACGGGCGAAAAAUCCUCCGAUUGAUGAGCUUUACUCGCGUGGUGCCGUGGACAUCCUGGUGGAUGCAAUUGACUCAAAUGAUUCACUUGUGUUCGAAGCGACGUGGGCCCUGACUAAUAUUGCGUCAGGAGAAAGCAGGCAUACUUCAGCGGUUGUUGAGAGCGGUGCGGUCCCCAAGUUCAUCAUGCUUCUUAGCCAUCCGGCCAUAAACGUUGCCGAGCAGAGCGUUUGGGCACUGGGGAACAUUGCAGGAGAUGGCUCUAAAUGCCGGGAUCUUGUGAUUAUAAUUCAUCAUUUCGUUGUCAACCCUUUCAGGCUCCUUGAGCGGGUUUGGGAUAUGCCAUGCGUUGUGUGCAAUAUUGCUUGGGUUCUGUCCAACCUUUGCCGCAACCGUGAUCCUCCACCACCACAUAGCAUCAUCAAAACGAUGCUGCCGGUUUUCAAACGGCUUUUGCAGUACGAUCGGAGUAAAGAGGUGGUUAUGGAUACGGCAUGGGCAUUAGCCUACGCAAGCGAUGCCGUUAAUGAUGCAAUUAGCGAUAUACUUGAAAGUGGUUGCUUGCCCUCUCUCCUUCGACUUUUGUCUUCAGACACACCUUCUCUCAUCUCACCUUCGCUUCGCGCAGUGGGGAACCUGGUAAUAGGUGAUGAUGUACAAACCCAAGCUGUAAUUGACGCCGGUCUUUUGCCAUAUGUGCUUCCGUUAUUAAACAAUGAAAAAUCUUCGAUAGUCAAGGAAACCUGUUGGAUGGUGAGCAAUCUAACUGCUGGCAGUGUCGAUCAGAUCCAGGCAGUCAUCAAUCAUAACAUAAUCCCAACUGUUUUGGAGAUAAUGCAUAAGUUUCGGACGCAGAAGGAGGCCUGUUGGAUUAUCAAUAAUAUGGUCAACGGUGGUUCAGCUGAACAGUGCGCUUAUUUGUUGAAUCAACGGGUUAUACCUGCGUUAUGCAAUUUACUGACAGUUUCGGAAGCGAAGAUUAUAGUUAUGGUUCUAGAAACUAUCAAGAGACUCUUUGAAGUAACCGUAAAUCCAAUCAUGCCUGAGAGAUCAGCGGUAGAAGCUAGACAAAGCUCAGUCUCACGAAGCCAGCUGCUUCGGCACCUGGCUUCCUUUGUAUAUCCACACCCACCCCUGAAGAGGUCAAUCCAACAAAUAAACACGGUGAGGGGCAGUUUACCAGACAAAAAGUCCUGCUAG